UCUCAGAGUUUCUCGUCAUGGCUGCCGAAGGUCUGGAAGAGAUGAAUGUCAUUACAUAUCUGUCGGACCAAGCCCUGCAGGAGUAUGAGAGUCUGCAGAGGAGGCAUGAGACCGCAGCCAUGGAGUGCAGGAGGCUAGAGGAGGAGAGAGACCAGGCCAUCAAGCAGCUCAGUGAGUUCCAGCAAGUAUCUCAGAUGGUCAUUGAAGAGGUCAGUGCCAUUCAGGAAAACCUGGAGAUUGAGAGGACGUGCAGAGAAAGUGCUGAAGCCCUGGCCUCCAAGCUUAACUGUCAGAACCGCUCUCUGAAGAGGAAGAGCAUGAUGCUGCUGUCCCACCUCAGCCCAGACACCAUCACAGACAUCAAUCUUGACGAUGAAGAGGAGGAGGAUGGUGAGGAUCUGGAUGCAACCAGCAAGGUCUGUCUCUCCCCGCAGUGCCAGACCACCAUCUCAGAGCUGCAGAAUCAGCUGGAGUCAUCCCUGGAGGAGAAAACUCGAGCAGUGACUAAUCUCGAGUCAGUGAGAGACCAACUGAGGGAAACUAGGGAGGAACUGCUGAAGGAGAAACAUGAUAACACUGUGUUAAUAGCUGAGACGGUGUGGCAGAAGAAGCUUCUGGGGAAAUAUAACAGAGUGUCUCAGUUUGCUGUGGAGGAGUACAAGGCCCUACAGGACACACUGGACCUGGAGAAACAUCUGAGGACUGAGGCCGAGACCUUUGGCAGAGAGAUGGUGGUUGAGCAGAAGAAGCUGAAGAGACAGAGUCAGAUCCUGAUGCAAAGCUCCUCGCCCAGUCAGGCUCUACUGGACGCCCUGAGCCAGGUCACCAGACUGACCCAGGAUCUGGAGACGCAGAGGCUGGAGCACCAGAACCAGAUGAAGCAGAUGGAGGACAGGCUGAGGAGCUGCGAGGCUCAAAGGGAGCUGACAGCUCUGAGGUGCAAACUGCAGCUUGUGGAGGAGGAGAAGAAGGAGUACACUGAAAAAUGCACCAAGGUUGAAGUGGAGGUCAAGGAUCUACGGUUUACAGUUGAGGAGCUCCAGAAGAAGCUACAGGCAGCUAUCAACCCACCCCCAACUCCAGCACCACCACCUCCCCCACCUCCUCCCCCUCCAGCCCCAGCUCUGGCCUCCAACCCCCUCAGCUCACUAUUGUCACUGAUCCGAAAGAGAAGGGACAUCAGUGUUGACAUCCCACUGGUGGUCCAGGACUCUGCCAAGACAACAGAGAUGGACGUCAGGCAGCAGGCGGUGGACGAAAUGAUGCAGAGGAUCAAGAAAGGCAUUCAGCUUCGACCCCUCAACCAAUCACCCAACAGAGCCAGGAGACAGAUGCAGCGGCUGCCCUCUAAUUCUGCCAUUCAGGAACUUAAAGGAAUCAUGGAGAAUUUCAAUAGAACCCCCCCCCAACCAAAGGCAGCAUCUCCAUCAACAAACCAUGAUGAGGAGCUUCAGAGGAUCCUCCUGCGACGGCGGGGGGCACUGGAGUCCUAACACACACACCAGUCCCACCCCCCACG